CCGCGCGCGUGAAACACGUCGAUCGAGCGGCGCUGACGAAGACGGCGGACGGAUGCGCGCGCGCGCGCGACGCGGCGACGGCGACGGCGCGCGACGGCGCGCUGCGACUGCGCACGCGAAGCGCGGUCCUCGGACGGAUCGUCAUGAACAAGGAGGGCACGGCGCGGGCGAAGACGCAACCGGCGGAUCUGGCGCUGGACGUCGCGAGCGUGAGCGCGAAGCACGCGGUGAUUACGUGCGAGGUGAAGGACGCGAAGGUGUCGCCGCCCGAGUUUGAGAUUAAAAUCAUCGACUUGUCGCGAAAUGGGGUGAUGCUGAACGGCGAACGGAUCAAUAAGGAUGAGUAUUACGAGCUCAAGGAUGGGGACGCGGUGACGAUGCCGUUUCAUUUGGAGUAUAGGUUUGAGCUGAAUCCGGACGGAACGUUGCCGAGGGCGACGCGCGUGCCCGUGGACGAGACGCCGACGCCGCUGCAAAAGAAGCGCGCGUCGCCGGCGACGGCGGCGGUGGAGAACGGCGGCGGUGCGAAGAAACCGCGCGAGAGCUGCGAUGAUAACGAGGGACAAGGCCAGGCCAUGCGCGAGUUGACGACGGAGAACGGAGAGUUGCGUCAACGCGUGGAGGCGCUCGAGAAGGAGCUCGAAGAGGCGCGACGCCGCGAAAAGGAGGCAGCGGCGCCGACCGAGGCGGCGGAGGGCGACAACGAUGACGUACGCGCGGAAGCGCUUCGCGAAGCCGAGGAAAAAGUGAAACAAGCCGAAGCACGCGCGGAAAAGCUCAACGCUGAGCUCGAGGAGGCGCAGGCGGUGGUUGAAGGCGCGGCGAGCGCGACGAAGGAGAUGGAAACCAAGCUCGCGGAGUUGCAAUCGGCGCUCGACGCCGCCGAGACGAAGCGCGUGGAAGCCAUCGCGAGUGUUCAAAAGGAAUGCGCCGAGGAGAUUGAAAAUUUGAACGCCCGCGUCGCUCGAAUCCAGUCGGUUCGCAAGGAGGAGCUUGAAGAAGCCGAAGCUCGCGUCAAGGCGUUCGCGUCAUCGGCGCGAGAAUCGCGCGAUUUAGCAAAGCAACUCUUGGACAAACUCAACGAAAGCGUUCAAUUGGUCGCGAGCGACGCGGACGCCGCUCACGGCGACGACGACGAGAUGACGCACGAGACGACGCCUCAAAGACGAGACGGCUCCGACGAAAAAGCCGCCGAGGACGCCGCCGAGGACGAACCCGCAAAGGACGACGACGACGACAUCAACGAUAACGACGACGACGACGACAUCAACGAUAAAGACGACGAUUCCCUCGAACAAUUGGACGUCGACAACCACUUUUCCGACUCCAUCUUAGCCGACGUCGAGUUCCCGCCGACGGAGAAGCCGACGCAAGUCGCCGCGCCUCUGCACGACAUCGGCAACUCGCCGCGCACCGACCAACCGUCUCCGAGCAAGCGCGUCGGUCGCGAUAUCGACGACCGUUCGCCCCUUCCCGCGAGCGUCCUCGAGGACUGAUCCGACGCAUCGCCGACGUUCGCGCCUCGGCGCGC